AUGACUACCCAUAUAUUUCCACGUGGCUUCCACACCUUCCUCCCUAUAAAUACAUAUCACCUCCUAACCUUCCAUGUCAUCAUCAGGUUCCACAACUACAGCAUCCGCGGCGCCUCGAUUGUUUUCGUUCUCAUCUCCCUUUCUCUUUCUCAAACAACCGCCAUGUCAACCUCUGAUCUCGCCGUCAUCUUACCUCGUGUCAUCAUCGUAUCUAGACGAAGCCUUCGCAAGAACAAGUUCGUUGAUUUCGUAGGCGAAUAUCAUCUAGAUCUUAUAGUCGGAUAUGGAGCUGUUCCGGUGAUUGUACCCCGGGUGGCCGGUGUUCAUACGCUGUUGCACAGUUUCGAGCCCAUCCAUGGAGUCCUUCUGUGCGAAGGAGAAGACAUCGACCCAUCGCUAUACGAAGCUGAAGAAACCAAUCUCUCCCCGGAAGAAUUGGAAGAAAUCCGGCGUCUGCAUGUCAGCGACACCGCCAUUGACAAAGAAAAAGAUACAAUAGAACUAUCGCUCGCUAAACUUUGCCUCGAACGAAACAUCCCUUAUUUAGGAAUAUGUCGAGGAUCACAAAUCUUAAACGUCGCAUGUGGUGGCACCCUUUACCAAGACAUCGGGAAAGAACUAACCAAAAGUCGGCCACAAGAAAACAAAGUGAUCCAUAUGGAUUACGAUAACUACGAUGGCCAUCGUCAUGUGGUUGAAAUUGUAAACGACACCCCUUUGCAUCAAUGGUUUGAAGAGUCUUUAGAAGACAACAUGGAGAUUCGUGUCAACAGCUAUCACCACCAAGGAGUCAAGAGGCUGGCCCACCGGUUUAAGCCGAUGGCUUUUGCACCAGAUGGUUUGAUCGAAGGUUUUUAUGAUCCCGAUGCUUAUAAUCCUGAAGAGGGUAAGUUCAUCAUGGGUUUACAGUUUCAUCCUGAGCGAAUGAGAAAACAAAAUUCAGAUGAAUUCGAUUACCCUGGAUGCUUUGCAGCUUAUAAGGAAUUUGUUAAAGCGGUUGUGGCAUAUCAAAAGAAGCUGAAUAGCACAACAAAGGUGCCAAAAUCUUUAAAGCUUGAUAAGGACUUGGAGGAAAAGAGAAAGGUUAUUGUUCGAAGCUUUUCUCUUGCAAGAAACUUAUAUGAAGGAGGUAGCAAUAUUCGUCAACCUAAAGAAUCUGAUCUUAGACCAGGAGCAGAAUUUCUUGAGUCAAAUAUAGCAUUGAGUUUGCAACAAGAGACGAGGUUGAAGCAAAUGGGAGCAACAGUGAGGAAUGCAUCUUCAUACAUGGAGAGAUUGAAGUUGAAUGAAGAUAGAGAGAAAUUGGCAAGAGUUGUGAUGGGGAAGAUGACAGUUGAACAGUUAUCUGAUUUAAAUAUCUUCUAUCACAUGAUGGGCCAGAUUUGUUCUGAAAUGCUGGAGAAACAUCAGCUUCAUAAUUAA